AUGGCGUCCCAAGUGCAAGGAACCGCCUUCAUCACUGGCGCCGCAUCAGGCAUCGGCAAAGCCACCGCACACGUCCUCGCAAAGAACGGAAUCAGCGCAGUAGCCCUGGUAGACGUCAACCGCGCACUCCUCGAGGAGACGAAAAGCGAACUACUGUCUGAACAUCCGCGGCUCCGGGUUGCGGUUCACCAAGUGGACGUCACGGAUGAGGCCUCCGUCGAGAAUGCUGUCCGCAAGACGGCUGAGGAAUUCGGACAGGUUGAUAUCGGGGUGAAUGCUGCGGGGAUCGGUGGCAAGCCUGGUCCCUCGCACGAGAUGGAGCUAUCGGAGUGGCAGCGGGUGAUUGACAUUAACCAGACGGGGGUGUGGAUGUGUCAGCGGGCGUUGAUCCGGCAGAUGUUGAAGCAGGAGUAUGUGUUGCCUGAUGUAGGUCUCGAGGAGCGCGCGAAGGACGCGGCACGAUUGUCAAUGUCGCAUCGAUGUAUGGGGUUCGGGCGCCUCCGGCCGAAAUUGCGGUUGCGCCUUAUGUGGCUGCGAAGCAUGGUGCGUUUCGACGCCAAAUCGUAUGCCAGAGAGGGCAUUCGCAUCAACGCCAUAUGUCCUGGAUGGGUGGACACGCCUAUGAUACAUCGGUCGAUCGAGAGCGGCACUCUUGACUCGCAAUUUGCGAUGAUUCCUCUGGGCCGUCCUGCAGUGGCGGACGAGAUUGCCCAUGCGAUUCUAUUUCUCGCUUCGCCCAUGAGCAGCUACAUGUGUGGAGAAGCAAUGGUGGUAGAUGGAGGGUUGUCAGCAUAA